AUGGGGAGUGACGUCAUCGCGCCGCGCAUGCGUGCGGCGUCAGAGGGAGGAGCCAAGAUGGCGGCGCCCAGGAGCGGGCUGCUGCAGGCGCUGGUGGAGGGGGGGGCGAGCGGCCUCGUUCUGGUUCGGGACAGCGCCGCCUGCGAGGGCCGCAGCCUCCUCCGGGCCUUUGCCACUGCCGCAGUGAAGAGGUCUGAGCCCGUCCUCGUCGUCCUCCUCGAUGUCCCCCGGGAGAGCUUUGAGGCCGGGUUGAGUCCAGAUGUGAAGCAGCGGUGAGAGCCCCAUAGAGACCCA